CUGCGCGGAAUGAUUUUUUAAAAAUAUGUUGUAUUUAAAUAUUAUAAAUAGUAUACUUUGCUAUGAAUAACUUUUUUUUUUUACAUUUGAAUCUUAGGAGUGGACACUCGGGUACCAUUUGGUUCGGUUCAAUUUGGCUUGGUUCGGUUUGUUCUGAUCUUUGCGAGUUCGAUUUAAUUCGAAUCUUUGCGGGUUUGGUUUGAGUUUGUAUUAUGAUAACUACUUGAACUUUAAAAACAAAAUAAAAUUCAUAUAUACUUUAAAUAUCUCAAAAUCUAAAAAUAAAAAUAAUAUAUAACAUAUAAUUUGAAUAAUGUAUGCCAAAAUACUUAAACUUAAAAUAUAAUUUGGUUUACCUUAAAUAUUUGGAUAUGAAAUAAAUAGAUAUUUUAAGUAAUUUUGGUAUUUUGAGUAUCCUUUAACUAUUUUAAACAUGUACUUUUAACUAUUUAUAUAUAUUUUUAAGUACUUUGGACAACCUAAAAAUAUCUUAUAUAUUUUGUAUAUUCUUUAAAUAUUAAAUUUAAAAAUAAUUAAUAUAUUUAAGUAUAUAAAUAUGGUUCGAAUAUAUUCGGAUACCCGAAAUAUUUUGUUUCGGAUCCGAUUCCAUUAUGGUUCUCUAGAUACCAAAAUUUUGAACCCGUUCGGAUAUCUAACCAAUUUUGAUUAAAGUUCAUUACUACCUUUCGGAUUAUAUUUGGUACGAUUUUUUGGAUUCAGAUUUUUUGCCCAAACCUAUAUUUUUUAUUAUAACAAAAUUUUAAACGAAAUUGAUGAUGAUUCGUAUUGAUUUUGGGUAUGGAAUCAUUUUUAGGCCAAAAUACAUUCUUCUAUGUACGUGGCCCAUCUAGUUAAGGAAAACAAUGGACUGAACUAAAGAAAACAUUACCAUUUCAGAUUUUUAAUUGAUACUUUCAAAUUAUUCAUUUUCGGUAUUGUGACGAAGAGAAAGGGGGUAAAGGUUACGAAAGCAAAUUUGUUAUGCAAUCUAUAUUCUCGCUAGGUGAUUUCAAUAGUUUCUAAAUAAAUCUUUGUUGUAUCGACCGAGAUUUAGUAAUUUAUAGACGUUUUAAAAAAUUCAAAAUAUAACAUAUAAGAAAAAAAUCUAAUUUUUUAUUAUAUGGUUAAUGUGAUUGUUUAAUUUAUUUUAAAAAUAUAAACUUUCAAAUAUGAGAGAAUCUCGUAAUAAAUAAAUUGUAUUAAGUUGUUAUCGAUUAUUUGGUGUGCAAGUCAAGUUAGUAUGAAUAAUAUCUUGUUAAGAAUCUUGUAGAUAAGGAUUAUAUUUUUGAAAUAUUUGCUGAAUAAUAUCUUUGUAAUUUUCUUGUAGAUAAGGAUUAUAUUUUCGAAAUUAGUAGUUACAAAUAUUUUUUAAAUAAAUAAUACAUGUAAUUCCUAACUUAUACUCUAUUUUUUUUAAAAAAAUAGAUUUUUAUAAAUAGAUAUCAUAUUUUGGCACUUUUGAUUUAUAUUAUUGAAGUUUAUAUAAUGACAUGUAUCUCUAAGUCUCUAAUUCAUGUGUUCAUAAUGGCAUGUAUCUCUAAGCCUAAUACAAAAUCAAUCAACUUAGAGCCAAGUAACAUAUAUACAAAAUGAGGUGUAAAAAAAGUUAUCAUAUCUAAUCUAUUAUAGAAGCAAAGAGGAACCAAACAUAUACAUGUUCAGUAUAGAGAAAAUUAUAUGAUGUUGAUAAGAGAAAAUUAUAAAUCAACUUAGAGCAAAGUUUAAUCUAUAGUAAAAGAGGUCCAAGUGAGAGUUAUUGAAUUGCUAAUAUAAUUGUAAAUAUACAAUCGGUAUAGUUUAAUAGAGUAGAUAGAACAUAAUUCAAUAGAACAUAAUUAGUUUGGUUGUUAUAAUAUAAUAGAUUGUUGGUUUAAUUUAAGUUAUCUUGUUUUAUUUUUAUUGUAUAAUUAAUUGUAACUAACAGGAUAUGGUCCAUAAAUUAUGUAACACACUAACAAACUUGAAACAGUCCAAAAUUUAAAUGACAACUUCAAUGGUAGAUAAAUUUAGGACUCUAUUUUAAUAGAGUAGAUGAUUAAUAUCUGAUUUUUAAAAAUAUUAACUUUUAAUGGAUAUGAAACAAAUUAAAUUACAAAUAGAAAGAAUAAUAAUUUGGAUAAAUCUUUAGUCUGGUUGAUAGUGAUCAUGGAGAUAUGCAUGUCUGGUUGGUAAUUUAAAUUACAUAUAGAAAAUAAUACUAACUAAAUAAAGAUUUUAGUGUGAUUGGUAAUAAUCAUGGAGAUCUGCAUGUCAUCGGUAUGUCGAUGAAAAUGGUCUUUUGGAUAAUUUGUUAUGCUUUAGCGGCUAUCGAAUUGAUGUUUUCUUUAGGUGGAUGAAUUGGAUUCUUUUCUUUAGAGUUAGGAACCUCAUAUUUAUAGUAGAAGUUGUGGCUCUUUAGAUAAUAGUAUGAGUAUGAAAUAUUUAUUGUCUUUAGAUAAUAGAAUAUUUUUAUUUUCUUUUGAAAAUAAUCAUAGAUAUUAGAAUAUUUCCAUAUUCAAGAAGAUUUAGGAAAAUUCGUUGUUAUCUAAAAUGAUUACCUUUAUCUUAAGAAAUAUUUUCAUUUAUCUUUACGCAAGAAAAAUCGUUUCAUUCGAAAACCAGAAGCUAGAGACAGUAUUUAUUCAUGUGUCUGCUCAUAACCAGUGGACAGUUCAAAGAUUAUUUUAUUCUCAACAUUAGUUACCAGUCACUAUAAAAUGAAUGACAAAAAUUAUCGUUGAUCGCUAUCGCCAGCGACCGCCAAACGAAUAUGAUAUAAAACGAACAUAUAGUCCAACAAAAAUAUCAAGCUACGAUUACCAAAAAAAAAAAAAUAUACCAAGCUACAUAUAAAGCUUAAGUCAUAUAUGAGAUAGGCAGAUACGACUCUGGCCUCUACUUAGUAACGUGCAAGUGUUUUAUGACAUACAAUGUUUUACUGGUAAUCUAUUAGAUAUAAUAUAACACAUGACAAAAUAUAGAUAAAAAUACUAGAAGUAUCACAUAAUAUAUAUUUGAAAGUUUUAAGUUUAAUACUUUAGAAGUAACAUAUGUUUUCAAUAUUUUUGUGUGUAAACGUAUGUUUCUAUCUAAAGAUGAAAUCUCCACUAAUGUUUUUCUAUCUAUGUUCAACAAAAUAAUAUAUUAUUGAAAAAUAUGAUAAUAGCUAAAAGUGAAACUAAUUCCCACAUACAACAUUUUAUGUUGCUCAAAAUUAGGUAAGGACGUUCAGAUAUAUGUUUCGACUUGGAUUUGGGUAUUUUGGAUUUUUGGAUAUUUGGAGUCUAGAACCCGUUCAGAUAACUUUAGUCUAGGUUCGGUUAUUUGGGUUGGGUUUGUAUACCUAGAUUUUGAAAAAAAAAUCAAAUUCUUAAUUGCUCAAAUUUCUUAUAUUUUAAAAUAUAAUUUUAACUCUAUAAAAUUUAUAAUAAGUUGAACGAUUAAUAUGUUUGGAGAUACAACUUUAAAAAUAGAAAGACACAAAUAUGGUUGUUGUUUUAAAAUUUUGGAUGCAACUUUUGUUAAUGUAUAAAAUAAGAAACUUGACAUGCAUUUUAAGUGAGUAGCACACUUUGUCCCUAUAUGUAUAUUUUGAUAUUUUCUGAUCUUGAGCCAUAUACAUCAUCAAUAUAAAUAUUUUGAAUAAAAUGAGAGAAGUAUGAAUAUAUGGUUAAGUAUACAAUGUUCGAUUAUCUUCGAAUAUCCAUUCGGUUCGAAUAUUCAUUGUUUGGGUUCAUAUAUCCGAUUUCUCCUAACUCAAUAUUUGUUUGGAUAUUUUCUACUUUAGUUCGAAUCUCAGUUCAAAUUUUUUGGAUCGAAUUUAGGUAUGUGUUCCGGUAUCGGGUAAAAUGUCCCAGUCUACCAAAAAUCAUCAAACCCCAAAUAACUUUAAAAUCACAAGCUAGUUAUGCUUAUGAAAGGUAUUAUAAAUUUAUAGAAAAAGCAGUUAACAAUAUUUAUAAUUCAUUCUUAAACGUUUAAAACUUUCUUAUACACCUAAAGUUUGUAGGAUGUUUGGAAAUCUCAAACUGUAACUAUAUUUUCUUCUUUUUUUGGAUAUAUUAACAAAAUAUUGAAGCAACUAAUCGUAUAUAUUUAUAUAUUACCCAAAACUGCCUCUGACAUUGUUCCUUGAAGUAAUCGAUAGAUAUGUUGCUCCAAAGUUCCAAAACACACCGUGUUCUUGUUUUUUAGUAAAUGGAGUUGUACGAUGAUCUAGAGAUUCUUGCAAGCGACACUUGAAAAUGCGGAUUGCUCUUUGAAAGUUGUGCCAUCCCACCAGUCUGAAUAAAGCCCAUAACAUAUGUUUUGAAUUACCAAACCCAAGGGAAAUCAGACCAGGAGAACGUAUAAUAAAGUCGUCAUAAAAGUUGAAAUAUGAUAAUUAGAGAGGACCAUAAACUUGUCUGCCGCACCUAAAUUGUCAAGUGUCAAGACCCAUGCCUUUUUAUACACAAAAAGAAAAGAUUCUGUGAUAAUAUACAACUCAUUUCUAUUACAUUUUAAUACACCAACUUCAUAACAAUAUUUUCUAAAAGUUCGUUGACUUUUGAACGUCUAUAUCUAUUUUACAACACAAUUAGAUAUAAAACUAAUAUGUAACCGUACAAUCGCUCGUUCAGAAGUUGUUUCGCAAAACGUUGAUUCUCAUAUUGUUUUACAAAAGUCAUUUCAGACAAAACUACUUCAUGAAAGUUGUUUGUAAAACACGAUAAAAACAGUAUUGCCAACAUUAAUUUUGGGUAACUUUCUAGUUAAAGUGCGACAUGCGUGGAUUUAGUUGCUCAACAUUUUCGGCUCGUAAACUUUUACAAAUUGUUUUAUUAUUUACUUACAGUUUUGGCGGUUGAUGCGGACUUUGAUCCCAACAAUUUUUUGAGAAAUUCUUUAAGGUGGUAUUAGAUUUUUUAUAUCAUAAAUGUAUGGAAUAAAUCCUAAAUAUAUCACGUCAAAAUAAACAAAAUUUUACAUUUAUACAUCUAGGUUUAACUAAUCUUAGACUUAUAGUUUAGAUUUGAAUAAAUUAAUAAUACUUCAAAUUUAACAGUAGUUUCAUAAAUAAUUUUUGGAUUUGAAAAUAAAAUUUUUGAAGAAUUAUUUUUUGAAAACUAAAAUAUUUUUUUUUAAAAAAAAUUGAAUUCAAAAACAUUUUAUUUAAAAAUAAUAAUUGUUAUUUACUUAAUUAUUUAUAUUUAUAUAUCUAUAAAAUAACGAUAAAUGAUCUUUUAUCUUUUUAAUGAACAUCUUUUGAUUAUUCGUUCUUGUGUGUUCUUUUAGUAAAAAAAUCUAGUUUACUAUCUUCGGAGAGAAUUGCCUUUUUUGUGUGAUUUUUUGGUUAUUUACCCUAUUAAAAGAUUAAUAUUUUAGCUUUUGAAGUUGGUGAUUUUUGGCUAUUUACCCUAUUAAAAUAAAUCAAUAUGUAAAUAUUCAUGUUAUCGAAAUUUCUAGAUAAAUGUAUUUUUUUUCAAUAUAAAAUACGACACUUUUUGAAUUAUUUUGUUACAGGGUGAAAACAAUUUUCUUAGAACUAUUCUCACCACACAUCAGUUAUCUUUUUUUUUUUACUUCUGCUUUAAUAUGCAGGUGUUUAUCUGAUACCACAACCAAUUAAACGAUUAUAAAUAUGAUUUUUUAAAUACGUUGUUUCGUUGAUGUUUAUGUGAUAAAUAUGAAGAGAAUAUUAUGGAUUACUUAUUAUAAAAAAAUCAUUGAUUAUUGUGUGACAAAUAUGAAGAGAAUAUUAUGGAAUACUCAUUCUAAAAAUUCACUUGUGUGACAAAUAUGAAGAGAAUGUUAUGGAUUUACUUAUUCUAAAAAUUCAUGGAUUACUGUGUGACAAAUAUGAAGAGAAUGUUAUGAAACGUGUGCAUAUUAUAUAUAUGUGUGCUGAGUAAAUGAGAGUAAGAAAGACGUGACAAGCCACCCAAUAAAACAAAAGAAAGAAAGAAAGCGAAAUAGAAACAAGAGUCACCCGCAAAAAGAUGUCACGGCUCGAGAAUGAUCGUCCGCUUCUAACCGAGAGAAUCUACGAGGAGCUCCACGCAGAAGAAGAAGAAGAAGAGACGGCGUACGACGAGGCGGAGAAAGUCCACAUCGCGAGUGACGACGAGAGAGACCUCGAGCACGGCGUGGGAUGCGGCGGCGCACCGCCGUUCUCCUGGAGGAAGCUAUGGCUGUUCACCGGACCCGGGUUCUUAAUGAGCAUUGCGUUUCUCGAUCCGGGAAACCUCGAAGGAGAUCUCCAAGCCGGUGCCAUCGCGGGGUACUCGCUUCUCUGGCUGCUUAUGUGGGCGACGGCGAUGGGUCUUUUGGUUCAGCUUUUAUCGGCGAGGCUCGGCGUCGCGACGGGUCGCCACUUGGCGGAGCUUUGCCGCGAGGAGUAUCCGACUUGGGCGGGUAUGGUUUUGUGGGUUAUGGCUGAGUUGGCUUUGAUCGGAUCUGAUAUUCAGGAAGUCAUUGGAAGUGCCAUCGCUAUCCAGAUUCUGACCAAUGGGAUCUUCCCUCUCUGGGCUGGUGUCGUUAUUACAGCUCUCGACUGUUUCGUCUUCUUGUUCCUUGAGAACUACGGAAUCAGGAAACUCGAGGCGGUGUUUGCGGUUCUAAUCGGAACAAUGGCGGUGGCAUUCGCUUGGAUGUUCGGUCAAGCCAAGCCAAGUGGCUCCGAGCUUCUCGUUGGCAUAUUGGUACCGAAGCUAAGCUCAAGAACAAUACAAAAAGCAGUCGGAGUCGUGGGCUGCAUUAUAAUGCCACACAACGUGUUCCUCCACUCGGCUCUCGUCCAAUCCCGAGAAGUCGACAAGCGGCAGAAGCACAGAGUCCAAGAAGCUAUAAACUACUACACGAUCGAAUCCACCAUCGCUCUCGCCGUCUCCUUCAUGAUCAACCUCUUCGUCACGACGGUAUUCGCCAAAGGCUUCUACAACACCGACCAGGCCGACAGCAUCGGCCUGGUCAACGCGGGACAGUACCUCCAGGACAAGUACGGAGGCGGGGUGUUCCCGAUACUGUACAUCUGGGGGAUAGGGCUGCUAGCCGCUGGGCAGAGCAGCACCAUCACGGGCACCUACGCGGGGCAGUUCAUCAUGGGAGGGUUUCUCAAUUUCAAGAUGAAGAAGUGGCUGAGGGCUUUGAUCACGCGUAGCUGCGCGAUCAUUCCGACCAUCAUCGUUGCUCUGGUGUUUGAUUCGUCUGAAGCUACUUUGGAUGUUUUGAACGAGUGGCUUAACGUGCUUCAGUCCAUGCAGAUCCCGUUCGCGCUCAUUCCGUUGCUGUGUUUGGUCUCCAAGGAACAGAUCAUGGGUAGUUUCAAAAUCGGUCCUUUGUAUCAGACAGUCGCUUGGCUUGUUGCCGCGCUUGUGAUAAUGAUAAACGGUUAUCUGUUGCUUGAGUUCUUCUCCUCCGAGGUUAGUGGCGUCGUCUAUACCGGUUUCGUGACUGUGUUCACGGCUUCGUAUGGUGCAUUCAUAGUCUACCUUAUUGCUCGUGGCAUUAAUUUCACUCCGUGGCGGGCUAAAUCAGAGUCUAGUUGAUGAGAAUGGGGGGACCAAACCAAACAAUGUAACUCUAUUUUGUUUUUCGAGCAGUAGGAUAAUUGCGUUUGCUUGGCUUAUUAUGUUUUUGUAUUAUAUGUAUCAUAUAAUAAGAAGUUCUUGGUUUUGUGAAAGAAAGCUCUUCAAUGAGAGAAUUAGUAAAGAUCAUUUCACCAUCUGUUGUUGUUGUUGGUAUUUAUAAUAAUAAAGCUUACUCA